AUGACACGCCAAUACUACUGCUGGAAAGUCAGCCUGACCUACCGGUGCGGCUGCACCCAGCUCGCGCCCAUCGCCCACCAGUGCCCGCCCGACCGCGAAGGGUGCAACAGCUGGCUGACCCACAAGCGGACCGACAAGGAGUGCGAGGCGCACCGGCUCGGGUUCGGGCUCACUUCUUCUGCUGCUGCUUCUUCUUCUUCUUCUUCUUCUUCUGCAUCUUCUGCUUCUUCCUCUCCCCGGCCAUCACAGCAGCAGAGUAGCGAGGAUGGUAGCGGGGGUGAGGGUGCGGGUGCGGGUGAGGGGGUUCCGGGGAGGCGCGGCAGCCCGGUUGGGGACGAGAGUGGUGGUGGUGAGGCGGGGGCGGCGGUGGCUGGGAGGAGGGUUGUUGGGUAUUACUAG